CCAACUGCCUGAUGAGGACACUGGACAGUGGGAUUGGAACCUUCCCACUCCCAGACUCGGGAAAUCGCUCCACAGGGCGGUACAUAUGCCACCCAGACUCCCCAGAGGACACUGAGCCCAGCCUGUCUCUCCAGCCAGCACUUUGUGCAGCUUCUUCCAUCAGAGCUCAGACCCUUGAACGAGAAGUGCCUUCCUCUGCAGACAGCCAUGCCUCUGCAGAUAACACCAUCGUUCAUUCCACAUCGGACCCCAUCAUGACCGCCAGGGGCAUGCGGCCUCUUGAAAGUCACCUCCCCAAACCAGCCUCCUCAGGAAAAAUCAAUUCCCAAAAGCAGAAUGAAGCAGAGCCAAGGCCCCAGACCUGCUCGCCAUUUGAAUAUGCCGAAAACACAAUCGCAAGCGAGCAGCUUCCAGGCUGGGGGGGCGAAGACCCCACGGCUGAGACCCAGGACAAGGUACCCAGAAUGUGUGCAUACUCUGCUGGUGGUGGCAGUGAUAGUGACAGUGACCUGGACUAUGGAAAUAAUGGUUUUGGAGCUGGAAGGGGCAAGUUAGUGAAAGCAAGGAAGAGCACCACCCAAGAAAUUGAAACAAGUUGAAGAAACAAAAGAAGAUACUGAGAAUAGAUUAUCUAAAAUUUCCCUGGAGUCAUUCAACAAAUAUAACAGCAAAACUGUGAUUUUGUUAGAGAGAGAGAAGAACUCUCUGAACAAGGUUGAAGGACAAAAGGAAGAAAAAGAAAAAAAUGAAGAGGCAUCUCUGAGUAGCUCAGAGAGGCCUGGGGUAGACAAUUUGGAAUCACUGAGUGAUUCUUUAUACGAUAGCUUCUCUUCUUGUGCAAGUCAGGGUUCAAAUGAUGUAUAAAGGACCUUUUUUUUCCUUAGUGAGCUGAAAAAUGGAGCACUUAAGCAACAGGGGUGUGUGUGGAGGGGAAUAGAGACAGCACCAGUAAACCCUGGCAACACCAGAGACUGCAUUGUCGGAUUCACAGCAAGCAACCCAUGGGAGCUUCCUUCUCUGACAGGGCAAUAAAGAUAGGCUCCAUUUGUUGUGUGUCACGAGGAUGAAAUGUAAACACACCCACAAUACAGAAGUCUUAAUUUUGCACUUUUUUUUUGAAUACUUGUACAGAAGUUGUAAAUUUUUGGAAAAGAAAUUAUAUUUGUAGCAAAAAAAAAAAAAAGACAGCAAUAAAUUGAAUCCGUGCCAUGCUCUUGAAAUGACGUACUAAGUGUUAGAAGUUGAUAAUAUAUUUUUUAAAAAUUCCAGCGAAGGUGUUUGUAGACUUCACUGUCCUAGUACUCAAGUUGUUUGCGGGAACACUCCGUAACGCUAAAACCCAGCCCCGCCAAAAACCAGAGGGCUCGUGGUUAUCUCCAACUCACAAUCUCAACGUGAUAUGAACGUUAAUUCCAGUGCUAUUUCAAAAUUGUUGCCAGAGAGAUUCAGGUUCCAGUAGUAAGUGUUAAUUCUGCUUCCACUGAAAAAUGUAACAGGUACUCAAAGUGUGACACUGAUGGGAAGGGAAGUGGAUCAGAAGUGACCUAAUUCUAUUUUCAACAGCAGGUUUUCCCUCCAAACAUUUCCUUACAUCCUCUUCUACUUAGUGCUUCUCCAUAAUUCUCAAGAGCAUUUGUUGAUUUUUUAUCUUCCUGCUCUUUCGAUUAAAAUCUGGGCAAUCUAGAAAUGAAAGCAAAUUCCUAUCUAUAACGUUCACUUUUUAAAAAAUAAAAUGAAUGGUUGGUGCUACAAAAAAAAUCUUACUUUUUAAGAUCCUUUUUUUCCCCUACAAAGUCUGUUUAUAUGUGAGGAUAAAUUCUAUUUUAAAGGUUAUUUGUAUUUUUUCUAGAUGUGAACUAUUUAUAAUUGCUUUUGUACAGGAGCUUGUAAACUAGGCCUAAUAGAAAUAUUUUUAGGAUCUAUCUGGUUACUUCAGUACACACUUGUUUGUUAAAAGAGCGUUGUAUAACCAGUGUUAUUUGGUUAAUUUGUGCAAUUUGUUAUAUUGAAUUUUGUUAUCUUAAAUGAAAAUUAUGUAAAGUAUCAUUG